CUUACUAUUUUUGUGUAUUUAAUUGUAUUACGUUAACUAAAAAGAGUAACCAUGGCGGAAUUUGUGGAGAAACGAUGCGAGGAUAUGAUUCCUGAAUUAGAACAAAUGGAAAGAAUCAAACUUUUUGAUAGAAACGAAAUUCGAGGAAUCGCAAAAAAGCUGAAAGAAUAUGAAUAUAAAAUUCAACGGAAAUCAAAAACUAAAGAAGAUUAUUUGCGAUACAUUCAAUAUGAAAUGGAUCUUCUUAAAUUGAUUAAGCAACGCAGGGAUAAAUUUGGUAUUAAUCAGAAAAAGUCAGAUAUUGAUCAUACUAUCACAAACAAAAUGAAUCGCUUAUACACAGAUGCAAUAUAUAAAUUUCAAGAUGAUAUUCGUUUUUGGAUCGCCUAUAUAAAAUUUUGUAAGCAUGUUCGUUUUCACAACAAUGUUAGUCACAUAUUAGGCAGAAUGUUACAAGUACAUCAGGACAAACCUAAAUGUUGGCACAUCGCUGCACGUUGGGAACUGGAAGAAAAUAAAAAUAAACACACUGCGCGUCAGUUCUUUCUUAGAGGCUUACAUAUACAUCCAACUUCUCAGUUAUUAUUUACCGAUGCUUUCAAAUUAGAAUUAGAUGAUGCAUCAGGUAACGAUCAGAAGAACGAAAAUAACAGUGACAGUACAUCAGUGAAUACCGAUGAUGAUAUGUCUAUUGGACUAAAGAGAGCUUAUAUCAUAUAUCAACAAGCAUCAAAGCGUAUUAAAGAUGUAAAGUUCAUAAUAGAACUAUUGAACAUUACAAAGGAACAUAGUAAUACAGAAAAGUUACAAAAUAAAAUUGUUAGUGACAUGAUACAAGAAUAUCCCCAUGAACCUUUAAUGUGGGAUACGAUGGCGCGACGAGAAUUGGAAGGACUUAUUCAACCUUCCCUUAGCGAUACAGCAAUUAAAACUGACAAUUCAGAACAGACCUCGUUAAGAGAUCGUAUAACAUCUUGUAAUAAGGUGUAUCAAACAGCAGUUAAGAAGAUAAAAACAGAAGAAAUGUGGUCCUUAUACAUAGAAUGCUUAAUAGAAUUAAAUCAGAAAACUGGAACUUUGCCAAAUUUUAAAAGAAAAUUAUUGAAAACUGCUUUAAUGCAGGCUCAUCAAGCUAAAAAAUUAAAGGAAAAAUAUUAUUUGUAUUGGAUUAAUAUGUUUGAUAUUGAUAAAAAAGAUGAAGCAGCUGACAAAAAGUUGAAAGAAAUCCUUUGCGUGGCAACUGAAACUAUACCCAGUAGUGUGAGUCUUUGGCACGCGAGAUUAAGGUAUUUAUUGGUUUCUGAAGAAGAAGAAGCUGAAAGGGUCUUUCCAAAUGCGAUACAAGCCCUCGGAGAAAAAUCAUUACCAUUGUGGAAGAUGAGAAUAUUACACGUGCAAGCAAAAUGUCCCGAAAGAACUGACGAAAUCUUCCAAGCAGCACUGCAAGGACAUUCAAACGUUGCUCAAGAAUUAAAACCUGUUUACUUGGAAUGGCUGGUUCUGAGCAAAAGUAUACAAUCAACACGAAAAGUAUACGAUAGUUUAUGUCUGCAACCUCCUUUCUGUCUUGAAUUGCACAAGAAGAUGAUAGAAUUAGAACUUAUGCAACCGAAUAUAUUAUUAAAAAAUAUAAGAAAAUGCCAUGAAAUGUCAACGUUACAAUUUGGCAAAAAUGACACUAGCGUUUGGAUAAAUUAUAUAACAUUCGAAAUGAAGCACGGUGACCCAAAGAAAGUUGGAGAAAUUCAUGUUAGAGCAGUAAAAAGUUUAGAAGCAAGUUUAACAGAUUCCUUCAUUGCAGAAUACAGUUUAAUUAAAGCUAAUCCAGAUUCGUUACGAACAAAUACGUAAGCAAUGAAUUUAAAUACUAUAAUACGUGUACAAUGAAAACAUCGCUAAUAUAAGUGGACUUUUUAUAUACUUAAAUGACGUUUACCCCAACAGAAUUACAUAUAGUCAUUGCAAUUAUUUACGAUUCCAGUGGUAUUUCUUUUUCCAUACGUGUAAGAACAAUAUUACGGUCUGUUUCAUUAGGUAAUCUUGUUCUGUCUCCCGUUUUCAAUGUUGCUCUCAUGUCUAAGCACAUCACAUCAGUCGCUAAGGAAUGUUGCUUGUCAUCUAAAUUCCUAUCGAUCAACGAAUAGUAAGGAAACUUCCAUUAUUACUUAGAAUUUUCUAAAGUUUUCUUUAGAGUUUGCUCAGUUUCUCGUAAAUGUAAAGCUUCGUUUCGCAAACCAUGGUCAGCCUCAUCGCGACAGAGUUCGAAACCAGGACGAUAAGUACGAUUUUCUAAUCUUGUCUGUGCGCAUUUUAUAGAAUCAAUCUUAUGUAACAGUGCAUCUUCUAGACGUACUAUCUCUUUUUGUAAAAUCUCCAUUUCUUUUUGUAUCUGAAAAUGAUGAUUAAAUUAUUAUUCAAUUCAUGUUUCAUUUCAAGUAACGAUCACCUUAAGCUUCUGCCAUUCUAACUCGUUACGAGCUUUCUGCGUCUGAUAAAUCCUUUUGCGCAAACUGAAAUCUGUCACAUCCUGUUGUGCCUUGAUAUCGUUUCUAGCGCGUUCCCUCAUUACAUUCAUAGAUUCGCGAAAAUCGUAUACAUCGCUCAAUUCGUUAUCAGCUAAAGUUUUAAUAGAUUGACAGUGUUCCAACCAAGCGUCGUAAGUUAUAGAGCUAUAACAGCGAAACAUGUAAAUUAUGUUUACUUUCCGAAUGCUGUACCCAAAUAUCUUACUCUUUUGGAAUUUUCAAUGCAUUCGGUUUGUAACUGAUAUUCGCACACGUGCGAUCCAAAUUUAGAUUUUCUUUAUCAAUCUUAAUGGUUUCAUCUUUAUCUUCAACCUCUAAUUGUAUUUGAAAUCUAACUUCUUCCAAACGGUUUAACUUUUCCCAUGCAGCUUGUACUCUGUGUAUAAGAUAUAAGCAAUUUUAGAUAUCUGUUCAAAUUUAUCACAUUAAAAUUGUACCUGUCGGUCAGCAAUUUCUUCACAUUUUCAAUGACACAAAGUUCCUUCUUUAAUUCUGUGUCAGCUUCGUCGUAAGUAAGUUCUGUUCCUCGACGACAAUCUCUCAUUGAAAUACAUUCUGCGGUCACGUGUAAUGGAUCAUUCAGAAUUUCUAAUUCUUUUUCUGCAUCAGCCUUUUCAUCUUUUAAAAAAUGUAUUUCGGAGACUAAUUGAUGUAAUAAAAGGCCAAAUACUUCUCCCCAUCGUGAUAAUUCCGUUACUCUAUGAUAAUUGUGUUAUUUAAUUGAUUUUAUUGUAAGUCGAAAGUCGAUUUUUUUAGCAGGCUUUAAGUCCUCGUUACCUGUCGGCGAGACGAACAUUAUUCAUGUAUGUGUCCCAUAUUGUUUUUACCAUUGUUUCCGCACGAACAAUUUGCCCUGCAUUUCUUAACUCAAAUGCCUCUGUACUCCUAGCAGCUGCAUUUUGUUGAAGUUCCCAUUGCUUAGCAUACCAGUCUGCUAAUCCUACAAUAUCAAAUGUGAUGGUUCAUAUGUAAGCUAAAUGUGACAAAAUUACGAAUUUCGCUUACCUAUGUGCGGUAAAGGUUUUUCAUAUAUACUUGCUGACUUGGCCAUAAUUUGAUAAAAUUUAUUAAUAAAAAAAGUCAGUAAUGGUAAAAAGAGUGAAUAAAAAAUGUUGCCUUGACAAGAGCAGUGAUGAGAAUGUUAGUACUAGUUACCAAAGCAACGAAACGUCAAACAUAAAGUUAAAUAUUGAUUUAUGUAAUUAUUUGCUUUAUUUAGCGAUACUGUGACAAUGAUGGAACUUAAAAAUUACGCAUAAUGUUUGAGUAUGUUUAAACAUUUAUUAAAGACGGAGAGGCAUUGA